AUGUACUAUGGAUUUGAACGUUGCUACUUGCCCAUUGGAAAUUACGGAGAACUUGAAGUAGCUGAGACCAGUUCGGAUGGUCCAGAUAAAUAUCGAGACAUACAUCAGUGCAUGCAGCAGAGCCAAGCCAAAGGGACGGAAAUGGGAGUGGGUCUCAUCCUCAAGUGCAGUAGGGGACACCUCAUUCCCAGAAUACUUGACACCAACUUUUACACAAGAGAGUUAAAUAGCUCUGGAAAUCUCAAAUUUGAGAGGGUUGCCAACCCGUACCCUUUCAUGGGAUUAGUGUUUUACCCCAAGGGAUGUUUCGUGGUGGGUGCGCGCACCAAUCCACCAGUUGCAGUAGAAAUAGCUAUAAACUUGUUAGCCAACGCCAUGUCUCACACCGAAGAAGGGCCACAAGGACAACCCACCAAUCACGAAGGCGAACCCGUAGGCUAG